AUGGCCGAAUUCACAAGGAUUAGAGAAACAAUAAAUAAUUUGAAGAAUCAAUGUAAUAAAAUAGAGAACGAGACAAAACUGAACACCACACCAAUCACUGACCAAACAAUUAUUCAACAGCAGGUAGAGACACAAGAACAAACGAUCAAACUUCAGUUCCAAGGUAAACCGUCAUGGAUAACAGGCAUGGUAAUUCUACCCUCUGGAAAACUACUUCUUGUUGAUAAUAAGAACGAAGCUCUGUCCAUAUUCAGCGUCUCCUUCGACUUCUUGAUUACAAAACACAUUCAUCCAGCACCGUAUGACGUAGCAUCCAUCUCUUCCACACAAGAUCGUGUGAUGCUAUCUGUCCCGAGCACACAGGAACUAAUGAGGUGUGACGUUUUGCUGGAUAAUGCCUUUUCAGUGGGUCGAAAGUUGAAAAUCAGCAUCGCAUGCAAGGCGGUAGCGUCUGACGAAAGAUAUGUGGCUGUAUGCUCUGAUUCUGAGUUGCAAAUUUUUGAAGCAGAGGCUGAUACAUUAUCGAUUAUUCUAGAUGAAUCUUACGAAACGACAGGUUUCACCUACAUUGCAAUGAACUCUUCGGAGAGGAAGAUUUUCAUUACUGACCAAACCAUUUGUGAUCCUCAUAUAAACUGCUUUAACUUUAACGGGGAAACUUUGUGGAAAAUCAAUGACGGACGACUGAACAAAUGCACUGGAAUUUGCGCCAUUGGUACGCAACUAAUGUUUACGUCUUGGGAAUCAGGUCAAAUGUUCACUUUGUCAAGUAACGGAGGUGAUUUGAAAAUGACAAAGCAUUCUGUAAGGUUUCCAUGGAAACUUUAUAUAUCUGAAAGACAAAACAAGAUUUGUGUCUCACAGUAUAACAGCACAUUAGCUGAAGAGGAAAAACGAACAGUGAAAGCUUUCACAAUGAUAUGA